UACAACAAAAACAUAUCAACAUACUGACAGUAUUGCAAAGUCCGGGCUGGUACUUCCAACAGAUCUCGCUCCAUUCUUCAUCUUCAUAUUCAUAUUCUUCUUCAGCAAUCAAAUCUUUGAUACUUCACCAAUGGCGGUACCUUCAGAAGAUUCCGAUCAACAAACUACAUCGUCAUCAACCCUAACAACAACUGCAGAUCUGCACGAAAAUGGCGGCAUUGAUCAAUCAAACGACACCGUUGAAGCUGUACUUGAACCUGUUGCUUCUAACAAGGAUCCGAAACACGAGGUACCUGAACCUGAAUCGCUUCCAUCUGGAUCGAACGACGUUGUUUCAAGUGAAUCAGUAGGUCAACCUGAAAUGAAGAAGGAUGAAGGAAGUAGAACUUUUACUAUGAGAGAAUUGUUGAAUGGAUUAAAAGGUGAUCAAAGUCAAUCUAAUAAUUCUGGUCCUGAUUCUGCUUCUCCUCAGAGUGAAGAUAGUUCGUAUCAGAAUAAUGUUGCUAUGGAACUUAUCAACAGUGUAACGGGGGUUGAUGAGGAAGGUCGAUCUCGCCAAAAGAUUCUUACUUAUGCUGCCAGGAGGUAUGCCAGUGCGAUUGAAAAAAAUCCUGGAGAUUAUGAUGCUCUCUACAACUGGGCUUUGGUGCUUCAGGAAAGUGCAGACAAUGUUGAUCCUGACUCUGUCUCACCUUCUAAAGAUGCACUGCUUGAGGAGGCUUGCAAAAAGUAUGAGGAAGCUACCCGUCUUUGUCCCACCCUUCAUGAUGCAUUUUAUAAUUGGGCUAUUGCUAUUUCUGACCGAGCAAGAAUGCGUGGUCGUACAAAAGAGGCUGAAGACUUGUGGAAGCAGGCCACAGAACACUAUGAAAAAGCUGUUCAGUUGAAUUGGAAUAGUCCUCAGGCACUCAACAAUUGGGGACUUGCAUUGCAGGAACUCAGUGCAAUAGUUCCUGCAAAAGAAAAACACAAUAUUGUAAAAACAGCAAUUAGUAAGUUCCGUGCAGCAAUCCAGUUGCAAUUUGACUUUCAUAGGGCUAUUUACAACCUUGGAACUGUUUUGUAUGGGUUGGCUGAGGACUUACUAAGAAUUGGGGGAGCAGUCAGCCCAAAAGAUAUUUCACCUAAUGACUUGUACAGUCAGUGUGCUGUCUAUAUUGCUGCUGCUCAUGCAUUGAAGCCAAAUUACUCAGUCUACCGCAGUGCACUAAGGCUUGUUCGUUCGAUGCUGCCUUUGCCCUAUCUCAAAGUGGGAUAUCUGACAGCACCUCCACCAGGAAAUCCUAUUGCCCCUCAUAAUGACUGGAAGCGGACACAAUUUGUUCUUAAUCAUGAGGGCCUUUAUCAGCUUGUAUCUGAACAAAAGACGUCACGUCAGUCUCUUUCGGGCAGGCCAUCAGAUGCUGUAAAUGCUAGAAACAGAGCUGUCAAAGUUGAAAUAGCCGAUAUUGUUUCAGUAUCAGCAUGUGCUGAUCUAACUUUGCCGCCUGGAGCUGGACUCUCGAUUGAUACAACUAAUGGACCUGUUUACCUGGUAGCGGACUCAUGGGAAUCUUUGGAUGGUUGGCUUGAUGCAAUUCGUUUAGUUUACACGAUUUUUGCUCGAGGUAAAAGUGAUGUUCUGGCUGGUGUAAUCACUGGAUGAUUAUUCUAUGUCCAAUGUAUCGAUUGUAGUAUUGUGGUACAUUUUCUUUUCCCCAUUAAUUGGGUUUACAGCUUUUGUGUAGUAUAGCUUUUGUUUAAUCACAUAAAUUAAUGUAUAUUGUGGAGAAUUUUUAAGAAAAUCAAUUUUAUUUAUGUGGCAACGGGCUGCUAUAUUUCUCCAAGUUAAUGUUUCUGAUGUAGCCGGUUGGCGGAAUUUCAGUUACAUUUCUAAAUUGAGGCUAUAAAAAAAAUACGAUUUGCUUCUCACA